AUGGUCAAAGCAAUUGUUGCCCCAUCUAUUCUUGCCAGUGAUUUCGCUGACUUAGGAUGCCAAUGUAAAAAGAUGUACGCAAAUAACGCUGAUUGGCUUCAUGUCGAUGUAAUGGACGGCCAUUUUGUUCCAAACAUCUCUCUUGGUAUGCCAAUCAUUUCCUCGUUACGUAAAGCCAUCCCAAAGGAAUACAAUGAAAAAAACGAAAACAUCAAAUUCUUUGAUUGUCAUAUGAUGGUCAGCGAGCCAGAAAAAUGGGUUGCUGAAAUUGCCAAAGCUGGUGGUGAUCAAUAUACUUUCCACUAUGAGUCUACUAAAGAUCCAGUCAAAUUGAUCGAACUUAUCAAGAGCCAUGGGUUAAAGGCUGCUUGUGCCAUCAAGCCAGGUACUGAUGUCGAUGUCUUGUUUGAUUUGGGUGAUAAGUUAGACAUGGCAUUGGUGAUGACUGUUGAGCCAGGGUUUGGUGGGCAAUCGUUUAUGGCUAACAUGAUGCCAAAAGUUGAAAAAUUGAGAGAGAAAUUCCCACAAUUGAAUAUUCAAGUCGAUGGUGGUUUGGGUAAAGGUACCAUUGGUCAUGCUGCCACCGCCGGUGCCAACGUUAUUGUUGCUGGUACCUCCUGUUUCACUGCCAGCAAUCCAACCGAGUUGAUUCAGUAUUUCAAAGAUGAAGUCAAUAAAAAUUUGAAAGCCAAGGGCUGCUACACUGAGAACUAA